ACCCCUGGCCACCCUCCCUCUGCCCACCCCUUCACCCUAGAGUCCUUGACCGACCCUUGACUUUUUCCUCCAGCCCAAACCAACCAGCCCUGGCCGUCCCAUCCCUCCUGGUCUGAUCUGGUGGUCCCAAAGGUCCCGGCUCAUGCUCCCUUGCCCUGCCACUCGAUGGCCCAGUUCGGAUAGGUACCGCAAGGUACCGCUCCAGCACGGCGCCGGCAAAAAGCUACCAGCACCGGCGCCAGCCAGCCAGCCAGCCCAGCCAAGCAACAAGCUCUCCCCAGUCCUUGCCCAGCGGCUCCAUCAGCAAGAAGAGCAGCAGCCAGCAGGAGAAAAAGAAGCAGCAGUACUCCGUAGUAACAGCAAGCACCAGGUCGGCCCAGGGCAAAGUCCAAGGAAGAGAAGAGAAGAGAAGAGAGGAAAGGAGAGGAGAGGAGGGGAGAGGAGAGGAGAGGAGAGGAGAGGAGAGGAGAGGAAGGGAAAGGAAAAGGUCUGCUGCCCAGCUGCCCUCUUCUGUCCGGCCAAGCCCAGUCUUUUGCUCGGGCGUGCCCCGUCUCGUGUCUGGUCUGUUCACCAAGAAGCCUGCUUGGUCUAUGAGAGUUCCCCCAUUCGUCAUUCCAUCAUAUCCAGCCCAGCCAUUGCCACUUUAUAAUCCUCGAACUAAAAGGAGAGGUACUGUACGGAUACCUUGCUUUUGCUAUCC